GUUUUUUUUUUGCAUGUGAGAGUAUUUUUGGGUGGAUGUGUGUGAGAGUUUUUUUGGACUAUGAGAGUUUUUCUGGGGUGUGUGAGAGGUAUUUGGUAUGUGACAGUUUCUUUGGUAUGUGAGGUUUGUUGACGCGUUUUUUGUUUGUGACAGAGUUUUUUGGUUUUGGUGGGUGUGAGUUGUUUUUUUUUGGUUUAUACACGAGAGGUUUUUAGGUGGGUGUGAGUUUGUUGGGUGUGAGUAAAAUGUUUUUUGUGAGUGAGAACAUUUUUCGGUCUAAGGUUUUUGGAGGUGUGUGAUUUUUUCCUGUGAGUGAGAGGUUGUUUCGUGUGUGAGUAAGAGUAAUAAUAGCGAGAGAGAGCCUAAAAUCACCUUGCAGGCCUAAACCCACCAGAUGAAAAGAUGUUCUGUUUCCAGCAUAUUACCUCGUACACCCUACUGGUACAGGGCCACCGUGAGGCCGCUCGACAUCCAGACGUCGAGUUCUACGACCGGCAUCGUCCUGCGGGCGACGCUCAUCUGGAUCGUUUCCCUCGUCCUGGCAACUCCCGAGGCCAUCUUCUCUGACCUUCACGUCUUUAACGUUCCUUCCAGCAAUAAGAGCUUUGUCACCUGUGCGCCCUAUCCCCCUCGUGGUCGAGUCCAGAAAACGCUUGGCCAAGACAGUGUUGGCAUUUGUGGCCCUCUUCGCCGUAUGCUGGCUGCCCAGUCACGUCAUCUUCUUAUACCGCUCCUACCACUACUCAGAGGUGGACACGUCCCUGAUCCACUUUGUGUGCAGCGUUGUUGCUCGGAUCCUGGCCUUCACAAACUCCUGCCUGAACCCUUUUGCUCUUUAUCUGCUCAGCAAGAACUUUCAGAAGGAGUUCAAGGAGAACCUCUGCUGUUUCUGCCCUGAGAUCAUCAAAGCGUCCACGCACAGUCCAAAUCGUGACAUGCGCAUGACCUCUGCCACGCCACUCCGUGGCACCCUCAAGCUUUGACUUGCGUCUAAAUCUCCUUUAUUGUACAAAAUGGGUUACUUGUACUUGCAACUUCGGUCAAUUAUA